AUGAAGACAAUUAACUUUCUCUGUGGUGUUCUUGGCUGUGCCUUGUACUUUUUUUCACCCGUGCUGGCACAAGACUUUGCCGCUCAUGGAACUUACACAGAGCCAAACACUGGCAUCAUUUUCUACACCAGCUAUGAGGUCAAUGGGACCGUCGAAGGAGAUGGAGAGUUCUCAUUGACCUCCUGGGGAGGCUUCACUUUUGGUAUUGCUCUGCCAGAGAAUGCCUUGACAGUAGACUCAUUUGAAUACAUCGGAUUGAUUAUUGGAUCUACACCUAAUGGCACAGGGUGGUCUGGUAUUGUCCAGGGAGACAAUGUGGGUGCAGGUAUGGAAAACCACCUAAUGCUCUUAGCGUGGCCAACUGGCAAUGGUGAUGAAAUCGCUACUUCCUUCCGAUAUACACCUGGAUAUCUAGCCCCGGUUCCGUACGGGGGAACUGCCUCGGUUUACCCAAUAUAUUCGAAAGUAAAUGCCACCAAUUGGACCCUGGUAUACAAGUGUACAAAUUGCUUGCUCUUCGAUGAUCCAACCCAAACCUCUUUCAAUACCUCAACCUCGAAGGGAGGAUUUGAACAAGGUUGGGCCCAAUCCGACGCACCUCCCUUUGAUAAAACAGAUGCAAACUCCGGCUUUGACCAACACAAUAAUGGAAUGGGAGAAUUUUCAAUCAAAGUUGCAUCUGCUACACAGUCCGAUUAUUCCAAAUGGGCAACCCUGACUGCUACAACUACAUACACUUCAGCAACAUCAUCAGGAACUUCAACUCCAACUUCCAUCUCGGCCAGUGCAGUUCCAACAGGUAUCACAUAUGAUUAUGUUGUGAUUGGUGGUGGAGCUGGCGGUAUCCCAAUUGCAGAUAAGCUGUCUGAAGCUGGAAAGUCUGUUCUGCUCAUUGAAAAAGGAGUAGCUUCCUCUGCGAGAUGGGGCGGAACACUUCGACCUGAGAGUGGAUGGCUCGAUGGACAGAACUUGACAUGGUUCGAUGUUCCAGGAGAAUGCAACAGAAUAUGGAAUGGUGGAUCAGAUGGUGUCGCUUGCACCGAUACGGAUCAAAUGGCAGGCUGCAUUUUGGGUGGAGGAACAGCAGUCAAUGCCGGCUUAUGGUGGAAGCCCAACCCUGCGGAUUGGGACGUCAACUUUCCAACCGGGUGGAAGUCUGCCGAUAUGUCAGCAGCUACCCAGCGAGUAUUUUCACGACUUCCAGGCACCGAUCAUCCUUCUAUGGACGGAAAACUCUAUCUUCAAUCCGGAUUCAACACUAUCCGAACAGGACUUGCCAAUGCAAACUGGACUAGCGUGACAGCGAACGACGUCCCAAGCCAAAAGAAUAGGACUUAUGCUCAUACCCCUUACAUGUACAUUCACGGCGAGCGAGGUGGCCCUAUGGCUACCUAUCUUGUAAGCGCGAGCAGCAGACAAAAUUUCCACAUGUGGUUGAACACCAGUGUUGAACGUGUCAACCGUGUAGGUGGGCAUGCAACUAGCUUAGAUCUUUUGGCAACAAACAAUGGAGGAUACACUGGUACUCUCAACUUGACCGCAGUCACCGGUCGUGUUAUUCUUGCUGCUGGAGCUUUUGGAACCCCAAAGAUUCUUUUCAGAAGUGGGAUUGGACCUACCGACAUGCUCCAAGUGGUUAACUCUAGCACUGAUGCCUCAAAGAUGAUAUCAUCUAGCUCUUGGAUUGAUCUGCCUGUGGGAUAUAAUCUUGACGACCACUUGAACACCGACUGUGUUAUCUCGCAUCCCAACGUCACUUAUUACGAUUGGCCUGCAGCUUGGGAUACUCCAAUUGCCGCCGAUGCUACGAGUUAUCUUCAAAGUCGCAUCGGCCCUCUUGCUCAAGCAGCGCCAAAUAUCGGCCCAAUGAUGUGGGAAGAAAUCACAGGUCCUGAUGGCAUUGUAAGACAGAUGCAAUGGACAUCCAGAGUUGAGGGAUCUGGUGGAGAGCCAGAUGGCAAUACUAUGACUCUCAGUCUUUACCUCGGAAGAGGCCAGCUCUCUCGUGGUCGUACCACUAUUGCGAAGGGUUUGAACAUGGUGGUCUCUACGCUACCUUACGGAGACACCAAUGAUCUAGCAUCUGUCGCUAUAGCGAUUGAUCACAUGAAGGCAGCACUGAGCACUAUACCAAACAUAACGCUACUGCUACCUCCUGCCAGCAUGAGCGGCGCUGAUUACCUCGCGAGCCUCCCGCUCACCUACGCAAACAUUGGAGCUCGCCGUGCCAACCACUGGCUCGGUACCACCAAAAUGGGUACCGACAGCGGACUUACAGGCGGAUCAUCAGUCGUGGACUUAAACACCAAGGUUUACGGUACAGACAACAUCUUCGUCGUAGACGCAAGUAUUUUCCCUGGCAUGCCAAGCACGAAUCCCAGCGCCCUGAUUGUGGUUGCAGCCGAGAAGGCGAGUGAAAAAAUUCUAGCGCUCCGGCCGGGGUCUUGA